CCGGGACGGCCGGCCGGCGGGCGGGAGGGGAUGGUGUGCGGGGCUGCGGCUCCUGCGUCCCUCCCCGCGGCGUGUGAGCUGCACUGAUUUCGUGUCUGGGGCGGCAGCGCGCACCCGCCCGGAGAUGAGGCGUCGAUUAGCAAGGUACAAGUAACAGAACCAUGGCUCAGUUUCCCACACCUUUUGGUGGUAGCCUGGAUAUCUGGGCCAUAACUGUAGAGGAAAGAGCAAAGCAUGAUCAGCAGUUCCAUAGUUUAAAGCCAAUAUCUGGAUUUAUCACUGGUGAUCAAGCAAGAAACUUUUUUUUUCAAUCUGGGUUACCUCAGCCUGUCUUAGCACAGAUAUGGGCUCUAGCUGACAUGAAUAAUGAUGGAAGAAUGGAUCAAGUGGAGUUUUCCAUAGCUAUGAAGCUUAUCAAACUAAAGCUACAAGGAUAUCAGCUCCCCUCUGCACUUCCCCCUGUCAUGAAACAGCAACCAGUUGCUAUUUCUAGUGCACCAGCAUUUGGUAUAGGAGGUAUUGCCAGCAUGCCACCACUUACAGCUGUUGCUCCCGUGCCAAUGGGAUCCAUCCCAGUUGUUGGAAUGUCUCCACCCUUAGUAUCUUCUGUUCCUCCCGCAGCAGUGCCUCCCCUGGCUAAUGGGGCGCCCCCUGUCAUCCAGCCUCUGCCUGCAUUUGCUCAUCCUGCAGCCACUUUGCCAAAGAGUUCUUCCUUCAGUAGAUCUGGUCCAGGGUCACAAUUAAACACUAAAUUACAGAAGGCACAAUCAUUUGAUGUGGCCAGGGAUGAUAAAAUGAUAGUAGUAGAGUAUGUAGGUCCACAAGCAAGAACUAUUCUUAUGCAAUCAAGUUUACCACAGGCUCAGCUCGCUUCAAUAUGGAAUCUUUCUGACAUUGAUCAAGAUGGAAAACUCACAGCGGAAGAAUUUAUCCUGGCUAUGCAUCUUAUUGAUGUUGCUAUGUCUGGCCAACCACUGCCACCUGUCCUGCCUCCAGAAUACAUUCCACCUUCCUUUAGAAGAGUUCGGUCUGGCAGUGGGAUCUCUGUCGUAAGUUCAUCAUCUGUAGAUCAGAGGUUACCAGAGGAGCCAGCUUUAGAAGAUGAACAGCAACAGUUAGAAAAGAAAUUACCCGUAACAUUUGAAGAUAAGAAGCGGGAGAAUUUUGAGCGUGGCAAUCUGGAGCUGGAGAAACGCAGACAAGCUCUCUUAGAGCAGCAGCGCAAAGAGCAAGAGCGCCUGGCUCAGCUGGAGCGGGCUGAGCAGGAAAGAAAAGAACGGGAACGCCAGGAACAAGAGCGCAAAAGACAACUGGAGUUGGAGAAGCAACUGGAAAAGCAACGGGAGCUUGAACGGCAGAGAGAGGAAGAGAGGAGGAAAGAAAUCGAGAGGCGAGAGGCUGCAAAACGGGAACUUGAACGACAAAGACAACUUGAAUGGGAACGGAAUCGAAGGCAAGAACUUCUAAAUCAAAGAAACAAAGAACAGGAGGACAUAGUUGUACUGAAAGCAAAGAAAAAGACUUUGGAAUUUGAAUUAGAAGCUCUAAAUGAUAAAAAGCAUCAACUUGAAGGAAAACUUCAGGAUAUCAGAUGUCGAUUGAGCACCCAAAGGCAAGAAAUUGAGAGUACAAACAAGUCUAGGGAGUUGAGAAUUGCUGAAAUCACCCAUUUACAGCAACAAUUGCAGGAAUCUCAGCAAAUGCUUGGAAGACUUAUUCCAGAAAAACAGAUACUGAAUGAUCAGCUAAAACAAGUUCAGCAGAACAGUUUACAUAGAGACUCACUUCUUACACUCAAAAGAGCCUUAGAAGCAAAAGAAAUAACCCGGCAACAACUAAGAGAUCAACUGGAUGAGGUGGAAAAAGAAACUAGGUCAAAGCUGCAGGAGAUUGAUAUUUUCAAUAACCAACUGAAGGAACUAAGAGAAAUACAUAGUAAACAGCAACUCCAGAAGCAAAAGUCCAUAGAAGCUGAACGUCUGAAACAGAAAGAACAGGAGCGAAAGGUCAUAGAAUUAGAAAAGCAAAAAGAAGAAGCCCAAAGACGAGCUCAGGAAAGGGACAAGCAAUGGCUGGAACAUGUGCAGCAAGAGGAUGAGCAUCAGCGGCCAAGAAAACACCACGAGGAGGACAAGCUAAAAAGGGAAGACACUGUCAAAAAGAAGGACAGUGAGGAGAAAGGCAAACAGGAAGCACAAGACAAGAUGAGUCGGCUUUUCCAUCCACACCAGGAACCAGCUAAGCCAGCUUUCCAGGCUGCAUGGUCCACUGCAGAAAAAGGCCCGUUUACAAUUUCUGCACAGGAGAAUGUAAAAGUGGUCUAUUACCGGGCACUAUACCCUUUUGAAUCCAGAAGUCAUGAUGAAAUUACCAUCCAACCUGGAGAUAUAGUCAUGAGAAUGGAGGCUGCUCAGAAAAAGGAAAGUAAGAACAAAACUAUGAGAGAAGUUGAAUGGUGGCCCACCAGCACAAGUGAGAAACCAGAGACAGAUAACUGGGAUGCAUGGGCAGCCCAGCCUUCUCUCACAGUACCCAGUGCGGGCCAGUUGAGGCAGAGAUCAGCCUUUACCCCAGCCACAGCAACUGGCUCCUCCCCAUCUCCUGUGCUGGGCCAGGGUGAAAAGGUAGAGGGGCUACAAGCACAAGCCCUAUAUCCUUGGAGAGCCAAAAAAGACAACCAUUUAAAUUUUAACAAAAAUGAUGUCAUCACCGUCCUGGAACAGCAAGACAUGUGGUGGUUUGGAGAAGUUCAAGGUCAGAAGGGUUGGUUCCCCAAGUCUUACGUGAAACUCAUUUCAGGGCCCAUAAGGAAAUCAACAAGAACCUACAUAAGAAUGUAUCGAUCACUACACAUUGUGCAGUUAGAGUUUAUUGCCAUGUACACUUACGAGAGUUCUGAGCAAGGAGAUUUAACCUUUCAGCAAGGGGAUGUGAUUUUGGUUACCAAGAAAGAUGGUGACUGGUGGACAGGAACAGUGGGCGACAAGUCCGGAGUCUUCCCUUCUAACUAUGUGAGGCUUAAAGAUUCAGAGGGCUCUGGAACUGCUGGGAAAACAGGGAGUUUAGGAAAAAAACCUGAAAUUGCUCAGGUCAUUGCCUCAUACACUGCUACAGGUCCUGAACAACUCACUCUGGCGCCUGGUCAGUUGAUUUUGAUCCGAAAAAAGAACCCAGGUGGAUGGUGGGAAGGAGAGCUGCAAGCACGUGGGAAAAAACGCCAGAUAGGUUGGUUCCCAGCAAAUUACGUCAAACUUCUAAGCCCUGGGACAAGCAAAAUCACUCCAACAGAGCUACCUAAGUCAGCGGCACUGCCAACAGUGUGCCAGGUGAUCGGGAUGUACGAUUACACUGCACAGAACGAUGACGAACUGGCCUUCAGCAAGGGCCAGAUCAUCAACGUCCUCAACAAGGAGGACCCUGACUGGUGGAAAGGAGAAGUCAACGGACAAGUGGGGCUCUUCCCGUCCAAUUAUGUGAAGCUGACCACAGACACGGACCCAAGCCAGCAAUGGUGCUCAGAUUUACACCUUUUGGAUAUGUUGACCCCGACUGAAAGGAAGCGACAAGGGUAUAUCCACGAGCUCAUUGUCACGGAGGAAAACUAUGUGAACGACCUCCAGCUGGUCACAGAGAUCUUUCAGAAACCCCUGAUGGAGUCUGAGCUGCUGACAGAAAAAGAGGUUGCUAUGAUUUUUGUUAACUGGAAGGAGCUGAUUAUGUGUAAUAUCAAACUACUGAAAGCGCUGAGGGUCCGCAAGAAGAUGUCCGGGGAGAAGAUGCCUGUGAAGAUGAUCGGGGACAUUCUGAGCGCGCAGCUACCCCACAUGCAGCCCUACAUCCGCUUCUGCAGCUGCCAGCUCAACGGGGCGGCGCUGAUCCAGCAGAAGACCGAUGAGGCCCCGGACUUUAAGGAGUUCGUCAAAAGAUUGGCAAUGGACCCUCGGUGUAAAGGAAUGCCACUGUCUAGCUUUAUACUGAAGCCCAUGCAGAGGGUAACAAGGUACCCACUGAUCAUUAAAAACAUUCUGGAAAACACGCCUGAAAACCACCCUGACCACAGCCACUUGAAGCACGCCCUGGAGAAAGCCGAGGAGCUGUGCUCCCAGGUCAAUGAGGGGGUGCGUGAGAAGGAGAACUCUGACCGGCUGGAGUGGAUCCAAGCCCACGUGCAGUGUGAAGGCCUGUCCGAGCAACUGGUGUUCAAUUCAGUGACCAAUUGCUUGGGGCCACGCAAGUUUCUGCACAGUGGGAAGCUCUACAAGGCCAAGAGCAACAAGGAGCUGUAUGGUUUCCUUUUCAACGACUUCCUUCUCCUGACCCAAAUCACAAAGCCUUUGGGCUCUUCUGGCACCGACAAAGUCUUCAGCCCUAAAUCUAACCUGCAGUAUAAGAUGUACAAAACACCUAUUUUCUUAAAUGAAGUUCUAGUAAAAUUGCCCACUGACCCUUCCGGAGACGAACCCAUCUUCCACAUUUCCCACAUCGACCGAGUGUAUACCCUCCGAGCAGAGAGCAUAAACGAACGGACUGCCUGGGUGCAGAAAAUCAAAGCUGCCUCUGAGCUCUACAUAGAGACUGAGAAAAAGAAGCGAGAGAAGGCAUACCUGGUCCGUUCCCAAAGAGCAACAGGAAUCGGAAGGCUGAUGGUGAACGUUGUGGAAGGCAUCGAGUUGAAGCCUUGCCGAUCGCAUGGAAAGAGCAACCCGUACUGCGAGGUGACCAUGGGCUCCCAAUGCCACAUCACCAAGACCAUCCAGGACACUCUGAACCCCAAGUGGAAUUCCAACUGCCAGUUCUUCAUUAGAGACCUGGAGCAGGAAGUCCUCUGUAUCACCGUGUUUGAGAGGGACCAGUUCUCACCGGAUGAUUUUUUAGGUCGGACAGAGAUCCGUGUGGCUGAUAUCAAGAAAGACCAGGGCUCCAAGGGGCCCGUCACGAAGUGUCUCCUGCUGCACGAGGUCCCCACGGGAGAGAUCGUGGUCCGCCUGGACCUGCAGCUGUUUGAUGAGCCAUAGGAACGGCAGGACAUGCGCAGCUGAGUUCCUUCCUGAAGCCCCACAUGCUGUCUGCAAACCGCAAUCCUCUUCGCAGAAGCCACCAUUCGGUGUCAGGGCAAUGGGACAGCAAAGACAGGCCCCUCAGAGCUCCUAGGAAUAAUUCUUGACAAUCCCGUUCCUCUCGAUCCAUUUCCCACUUUAUGAAACAAAACUCUUGUGUUCCUUUGUUCUCAGCGCAGGUCUCACGGUGGCUUACAGGGCCUCUGAAAUCCCAUAGCCUUCCGUUGGGUUUGGUUAGGAACCUGGC